AUGGAGCUUUCACUACGAGCGUCUCCAUUUGAUGUGGACGAUAUUCGACACGUUGAAGACCUUGAGCGGGAGCUUAGAGGGGCUCGAAGAUAUAUUAAAGAUCUUGAGCGGGAACUCAAAGGAGCUCGAAAUUUGAUAGAUUCGCUCUGCCUCCCCAGUCCCCCUACCGGUUUUGCAGCGCUGGGUGAGCUGGUCGAUGCUGCUCCUAUUGUUGGGUUUCCUUCGUUGCAGGCGGCAACUCGAACACCUGGUUUCGGCGCCGAGGCUGCUCGACACCUAACAGACAGUCAAGCCCUUCCUACAAGCAAUUCUAGCGGCAAAAAUCCUAGUGGCAAAGAAAAAGGUUUCACAUUCGUCCUUUGCGACCCAUUAACCGAGACGAGUUUGGCGGCGCCACGAGAAGGGUUGAACAAAGCUCAAGUUAGCUUUCUCUCGAGCAUUCCUCAGACCAAAGAUUGGAAGGUACUCGAAGCAAUUACUGAAGCGCAGAUAUAUCGGCUUUUACUCCGUCAAGAUGUUCGAUUCAAUGAUGAGGGUGACUCAUCGUCCAGAACCAACACCAAAGCCGCUCCCGACCUUCACUCAUGGGAUAAAGGGUGCUAUCACUAUGCCGUUAAUACCUCCGGGUCGAUACGGAAACAUUCAGCGGAUGGAAACGCAUUGAACUUCCGUGUUAUUAUUGUAAUUCUGAUGUGCACGGUGAUGUUAAAAACGGGAGUUUCGGUCGACUCGGUUGACAACAUAAUGAAAACCUGCGUUGGUGAUUACGCCAAAAAGACCUUGCGAACAUACCGGAAAGCAGCAAAAUGGGUCAACAGAGUCGCUUUAAAGUGUAUCGAGAAAGGAUGGGGAGCUAGGAGUGCCGAGCUCUUAUACAGGUUCAGUCCUAGCAUCUGCAGUUAUAAUUAUAUGUGCUCAAGCACACAAAGCUUUGAUGAUGUUAUAGCUGGAAUAGAGCGUAAAGGAAGCCCUCCGCCGCCGUUAGACGAUGAACAGAUGCCCAUUUCUAUUCCUUGUGUUAUCAAGUACCUCGCUGGAGAAAAUAUCUCGCUGGAGGUUAUCUGUAGAGCGCUUUCCGACGGAGCACUUUCCUAUGACUAUGAAGAUACCCGUCGAAUAUACGGACUAUUUUAUACCCCUAGAUCAGAGGAGAUAACAUACCGCAAUCCUCCCCCUUCACAAGGAGGGACGACGGCCCGCUCUAGUAUCAUUGAUAGCCCUGGAAGCGCUGCAGAGGCUCAGAGCUUGUCCCCAUUACCACCAGACGGAUCGGAAGACGAUUCCAGCGACUAUGAGCCUCACCCCGAAGACGACUCAAUAGGCAGUGGUGAGACAACAGCCUCCACCCCACCCUUUGCAGCCAACAGAGAGACCGAUAGUUACCAACCUCUGGAGGUACUUGCGGAAGCCGCAGCCCGCUCGAAAGAGACAAACAAGCGGCCCCACCCUGCAGAUAAUGGUAGCCAGUGCCGCGAUUCGCAGCGAAGGAGGUUGAACGGGAGGGGGAAAGGCAAUGAUCCUAUUCCCACGCCCUGGACAUAUAAUACUACCUUGCCGAACACAGGGCAACCGUCUAUGGGGACACCGUUUGAGUUGGACCCUAACUUUGCGAUAGAUCCCACGUCCUUGCAUAAAUCAGCCCCAUAUCAGCCGCCUAAGAGAACAAUAAUCCAAACAAAUACAAACACAGAUGUACAAACGGAUGAUCCUUUCUUUGGUGUGGAUGCUAAUGUACCGGAUUUCGAUAACAUACCUUGCAACUAUAAUUCUGAUUACAUUCCAUUCUGCGAAUUUGACAAUGAUAAGCAGUGGGGCUUUGACCCAGAUGAAGCCCCAUUCUGUGAUUUUGGCGUUGAUUACUAG